AUGGGCGGCCGGGCAGAGAUGCUACUCACUUCCCAGACGGGGCGGCUGGGCAGAGGCGCUCCUCACAUCCCAGACGGGGCAGCCGGGCAGAGGCGCUCCUCACAUCCCAGACGGGGCAGCCGGGCAGAGGCGCUCUUCACAUCCCAGACCGGGCGGCCGGGCAGAGGCGCUCCUCACCUCCCAGACGGAGCGGCCGGGCAGAGGCGCUCCUCACCUCCCAGACGGGGCGGCCGGGCAGAGGCGCUCCUCACAUCCCAGACGAUGGGCGGCCGGGCAGAGGCGCACCUCACUUCCCAGAUGGGGCGGCGGGGCAGAGGCGCUCCUCACAUCCCAGACGAUGGGCGGCCGGGCAGAGGCGCACCUCACUUCCCAGAUGGGGCGGCUGGGCAGAGGCGCUCCUCACAUCCCAGACGAUGGGCGGCCGGGCAGAGGCGCACCUCACUUCCCAGAUGGGGCGGCCGGGCAGAGGCGCUCCUCACUUCCCAGACGAUGGGCGGCCAGACAGAGACGCUCCCCAGCUCCCAGACGAGGCGGCGGCCCUGA